AUGUACCCUACUUUCAACCGGGUCCUCAGUAACCAUGGAUCUCUCACAUCAGUCUCCGAGACCCGAGAAGAAGUGCAGGCAAAUCUCCCGGCUAAGACGGAAGAGGGCGUAGUAUCUAACAUGAGACCAUCAUCGGCUCCCGGUUUCUUCCCUGAAUUCGUAGAGGGUUUGUUGAUCAGCAAGCACGGUCACUCCGUAUACCGUGUGUGCACAUCCAUCACUGAUCAUGGGCUACCAGUUCAGACAUCCAAGGCUGAACUGGCUCGUCAUACUGGGACGCCAGCGUGGGUUAGCGUCUUAGUUCUUUAUCCCCGCAUUCAUCUCCACGAUGCCCUCAAGGGUGAUUGGGGUUCAGACUCUGAGUCCCAGCCUGGCCCUUUCUUCACCGCAUGUCACGAAAACUAUUGA